AUGGGGACUUUAGCAAAUUUGCUCACUGGACAGCAAGAGUUGUUACUUGAUUUGGAAAAAAUGGAUAUAGAACUUGUGUUACAUGGUCAAGACGCAGUAUUAACAGCAAUGUCAGUACAAUCAGCUCUUAUUGAAGAAAUCAAGCAAUGGCAACUGGAAGAUGAGUUUAUGAAGAAAAUUUGUGUCGAGAUAGAAACAAAGCCAAGGCCCGGGUUCAUUCUUGAAAAUUCAGUGUUGAAGUUUAAAGACAGAUUAUGUGUCGCAAAUGUUUUAGAAAUCAAGAGAAGCAUUAUAGAAGAAGCACAUAUGUCUCGAUUUUCCUUACAUCCCGAUUACCAUGAACUUAUGUUGGAUGACAACUUGAUCUAUGAGGAGAAACCAAUUCAAAUUCUGGAUCGUCAAGUGAAACAACUGCGAAACAAAACAAUUCCGAUGCUAAAAGUCAAAUGGGAAGAACUGUGA